GGGACUCCAUUUCCCAGAACGCCCUGCGGCCGGCCUGGCGGCGGUGGCCACAACUGACGCGUCGGGACUGGAACGCUCAGGCCUCUUCCCGUGGCGGCGGGGACAGCGGGCCUCGCUCGGGCGGCUUCCCAGCGGCAGCGCCAUGGACAGCCCCGAGGUCACGUUCACCCUGGCCUACUUGGUCUUCUCCGUGUGCUUCGUGUUCACGCCCAAUGAGUUCCACUCGGCCGGGCUCACCGUGCAGAACCUGCUGUCGGCCUGGCUGGGCAGCGAGGACGCCGCCUUCGUGCCUUACCACCUGCGCCGCACGGCCGCCACUCUGCUGUGCCACUCGCUGCUGCCGCUCGGCUACUACACGGGUAUGUGCUUCGCGGCCUCCGGAAAGCAGCUCUACGCACCCAGCCAGGCCCCGGAGGCUUGGAGGCUCUUCCUCGUGCUGGCGGUGACCCUCCCUGCUGCAGCUGGCAUCCUCACUUACUACUGGUCACAUGAUCAGUGGGCCCACCACCCGCUGGCCCGAACCCUGGCACUAUAUGCCCUCCCGCAGUCUGGCUGGCGGGCCGUCGCCACCUCUGUCAACACCGAGUUCCGUAGGAUUGAUAAGUUUGCCACUGGGGCACCGGGUGCCCGUGUGAUCGUGACGGACACCUGGGUGAUGAAGGUGACCACAUACAGUGUCCACGUGGCCCAGCAACAGGACAUCCACCUGACUGUGACAGAGUCGCGGCAGCAUGAGCUCUCGCCGGAGUCCAACCUGCCCGUGCAGUUCCUGACCAUCCGGGUGGCCAGCACCAACCCCUACGUGAAGGCCUUUGACAUCCGCCUCAAUUCGGCGGAGUACGGCGAGCUGUGUGAGAAGCUCCGUGCACCCAUCCGCAGCGCGGCCCACGUGGUCAUCCGCCAGAGCCUGGGCGACCUGUUCCUGGAGACCUUCGCCUCCCUGGUGGAGGUCAACCCGGCUUACUCCGUGCCUAGCAGCCAGGAGCUGGAGGCGUGCAUCGGCUGCAUGCAGACACGCGCCGCCGUGAAGCUGGUGAAGACCUGCCAGGAGGCGGACGCCGGGCAGUGCCAGCAGUGCUACUGCCGCCCCAUGUGGUGCCUGACCUGUAUGGGCAAGUGGUUUGCUAGCCGCCAGGACCCGCAGCGCCCUGAGACCUGGCUGGCCAGCCGCGUGCCCUGCCCCACCUGCCGCGCUCGCUUCUGCAUCUUGGACGUGUGCACCGUCCGCUGA